AUGAUUUCAGUGCUUUGAAUAAAACACACUUUGCUGGCACAGCAAUUGAAGCAAAACUCAGGUUGUUCGUCGAGUCCUCGAGCAUUAUUCUUCAGUCAUCAACGAUGGAUACGCUUCGAAUAUUGAUGUUACUCAGUCUCUUUCUGCAAACUAUCCUCGCCAUUUUUGGUCGUCGGCGGAAGUGCUUUACUGGAUUCUGGCUUCGUUCUGUUGUUUGGUUAGCAUACUUGUCAGCGGACUUGGUGGCAACUUUAUCAUUGGGUAUCCUAGUUCGCAGCCAAACCAACUCUGCAAAUCCUAACAUGAUUCCUGUUUUUUGGGCUCCAAUCCUUCUUCUUCAUCUUGGUGGCCCGGAAACUAUUACGGCUUAUUCAUUGGCAGACAAUGAAUUAUGGCUAAGGCGCCUUGUUGAGCUAGUAAUCCAAGCUGGUGUGGCUUCUUAUGUCCUGUUCAAGUUAUGGAGCAAGGAUACAAUCAUAUUUGUAGCCAUUCCCAUCUUUGUUUCCGGAAUUAUUAAGUAUGGGGAGAGGAUUUGGGCUUUCAGGUUAGCAACCUUAGAGGAUUUUAGCAUCAGAAGAGAAUAUAUAUCAUCCAGCAGCAGAAGUGCAUAUGAGGUCAGAAUUGUUCGUGAAGCUCGUCUUUUGUUCAAAGCGUUCCAGAAGCUGUCCACAAAUUUUCUUGUCUUCGAUUUUGAUCAAACCAACACCUAUGAAUUGGUUUCUAAGAAAACUGCGGAAGAAGCCUUCCAGUUGAUAGAAAUAGAGCUGGGAUUCCUGUAUGAUCGGAUUUAUUCUAAGGUGACAGAGAUUUCUUGGCUACGCGUCAUUCUCCACUCUAUCACCUGCUUAUCCUCUAUUUCUGCAUUAGUCUUCUUCUCAAUAAUGACAACGAGAAACAACGUCUAUUCAAAAAAGGAUACGAUGAUAUCUUACUUGUUGCUGGUUGGAGCUGUCUUGCUUGACUGUUAUUCUAUCACUGUGCUUCUCUUGUCCGACUGGGCUGUGAUUUGGUUUACUAGUAGUAAAUUAGUGGGCGAUUUUCUGUAUCGAAUCAAUUGUCUUUCUCCGUUACUAUCAUUUUGUAGGGAGCAGAAAAGAUGGUCAAGAUCUAUGGGACAACACAACUUAACAAGUGCUCAAUCAAACAAGCCAUUGAACGAGCUUCGUAAGCAGUACUUCGCAGGGAAAUGGAACAUUCAUAGCCGGGUGGAUGUGGACGACGUUUUAAAAGAAUUGAUCUUUCAACAAGUCAUGGAUAAACGUUCAAGGUACGAACGUUUAAGGUACGAUCCCGAUACCAGUGAUUUCGCUGUCCUCCUUGACCUAUUGGAAGAGAGAGGUCGCAAUGCGCUUCAAAGAAAGGGUUGUUCCGAUAAAUUGGGAUGGAGUGUCAACGGUGUAGAAUUCAGUCAUAGCCUCCUCACUUGGCACAUUGCUACUCAUGUUUGUUACAUUGACGAUUCCAGGAAGAGCGGUUUUGCGAAUCAUCAAAAUUGCGCAAUGAGCAGAUCAUUAUCUAACUACAUGUUGUAUCUCCUGGUUCAAUGUCCAAAUAUGUUAGCGAUAGAGCUUAGCGGAACAAGGUAUACUGAUACUAGAAUUCAUUUGAGUCGUCUCCUAUUCAUCAGGAAUACUCAUAAAGAAGAGAACAACAACUAUAUUUCCAUAGAUGAAUUGGAUGCAUUAUCGUUUCCCGAAGCUCUAGUGAAAGCAUUUUUCUAUCAAUUGCUUCAAAGUCCGUCUACCAUGUUAAUGGAAAUUAUAAAACAAGAGGAAGAAAAGUCAGCCCUACUAGAUGGUUGCAUGCUUGCUAUGUCAUUGCAGUCAUUGGAGAAAUGGGAAAUGAUAAGUGAAGUGUGGGUGGAAAUGCUGAUGUAUGCUGCAGGUCAUUGUGGAUGGAAGGAGCAUGCUGAUGCACUUGCCCGAGGUGGGGAGCUACUCACUCAUGUCUGUCUUCUCAUGGCACAUCUCGGUCUAAGUAAGCAAUGCCCUCCUGAAGAAAGUGAACAAUUGGAUGCUCGGUAUAGAAGGCUUGGUGAUUUUCUCGGGCCUGUCGUCAUUGGGAAUGAGGUAUAGAGGGCUUGGUGAUUUUCUCGGGCCUGUCGUCUUUGGGAAUGAGGUAUAGAGCACUAUUGGUUUUUUUUUUUGGAUUAGUAUUAUUAUUUUUAAUGAUUCAAUUCGGAUGGGACUUUGUCAUGUACCUAUGAUUAUAUUAUGCCUUUGUGGCUCUAGGCAAUUCCUCAUCAUCGGCU